AUGGAUUGGAGUAUAUGUGCUCUGUGUCAGCGUGAUGGGCAGAAUCUCGUUGUACCAUCUGCAAAUUUAAAUCGAGACGUUUGUGGAUAUUCCGCAUUAUCAAGGAACAUAGAUGCUUUUAUUAACGAGGGUCUACCACUACCAAGCAAGAUCACUGUUGCUUUAACAGAUUUUAAAGGUGAUACAAAUGUUGCAGAUAACCUGAAAGAAAAUAAUGCCAAGUGGCAUAAGGGAUGCAUGUCAGAAUUGGCACCCUCAAAACUUAAGCGUACUUUAGAAUCCGCUGCCAAUAAAAAGCGUAAAAUUGAAACACUACCUGUCAAUGCACUAUCUAAAACAACACGUUCUAGCCUGGAUGCAAAGACACAAUUACAAUCUUGUCUGUGCUUAUUUUGCAAUGAACCAGGUGUAUUCACAACAGAAUAUAUAAAGUUGAAACACCCUCCUGCUCGGCAGAAACGAAUGUGUAAAGUUAAUACUGAUAACUGCGAUUACUUUGUUAGAAAGGCUGCCGCUGAGAUGGGAGAUUCGUUACUACUAGCUAAGCUAUCUAAGGGUAACUUAUUUGCAAGAGAUGCUUGCUACCACCAUCAAUGUUUCACAGAAUUCAGAAACAGAUAUAGGACAUUUCUGACACCUGAAAAUCCCGACACUGCUAGGAUGAAAGACAUUGAAAACUCUGUACUAUCUGAAACAAUGAUGUAUAUUGAAGAAAGUCUUGCAACGAGUACAGACACUGACGUAGCGACAUCAAUAAAAUUGUCUGACAUAAGAAAGUUUUAUGACCACAGUUUAGCAAGGAUGACUGGCAAGGAAAGUAAUGUGAAUAUUACACGGCUUAAAGAUAAGAUUCUCGAACUAGAUAGCGACUUGCGAGCUGUUUCUGAUAAGAAAGAAAUCUAUAUUUCGUACAAAGAUGAUUUGGCGGCUGCUUUGAAAUAUGCAAGUCGAUCUGAAGUUAAUGAUGUAAUGAGUCUUUGUCGGCUUGGCAGAAAAAUCAAAGCUGAACUAGCUGAUAGGAAACAAACAUUUAAUGGUCAUUUCGAAGAAAAUUGCCAAGAACAGUCAGUGUCGCCCACAUUUUAG